CAUUUCCAUCCUCGAACUUCUACUUUACCAUAACGACCAAACGACCAAAGUCCCUCGACCUACCAUCCAAUUAUUUAAUAUCUUCGCUGUUACUACUCUUUCUGUGGUAUUGUUUUGCCUGUUAUAGACGGGUUUUGCAUUUACUAUGGCGGAUGUAGUAGGGGCUAUAUACAAACGGUGUCGUAACUAUAGUAUCGAGAAGCCUGUCGACCAGUUUUACGCACUCCGUAGCCCUCGUAGGCCCGUCGUAAACUGCCUGGAUUGCCGUAACCAGCUCAGAGGAGAGAGAAGCACAUCGGUGUGAGGACCCGUCCACCAAACUGGCCCUCAAGCAGCCAGAGCCGCCCAGAACCCCGGGCCUAUCAGAAACCGCCUCGAGGCCACACCUACCCCACUGAUAGAU